AUGCGGCUACUUCAUUACUUCGCGCUGCCGGAGGAGGCCGAUGGCAAAGUGUAUCAUCGCGCUGGGGCACAUGCCGAUUGGGAUUUCCUGACCCUACUCUUUCAGAAAGAGGGGCAGAGUGGGCUCGAGAUCUGCCCUGGUCGCGAGGUGGUCACCGAGUUUGGGAUUGGUGACGAGUGGACCAAGGUGGAAGCGAAGACAGGGGAGAUCGUUUACGAUCGCUUCAAGUCCACUUUCCAUCGCGUGAAGGCGCCGUGUGAGAAUGGGGAUUAUUUUGGGGGUCGGUAUAGUAUCGCCUACUUCAACCAGCCCUGCAAGGAUUCCUUGAUCCAGGGCCCGUUGAAGAAAUACCCAAUGGUUACUGGGGCUCAAUUCACCGAGAGUGCGAUGAAAAGGAACUUUGCUGCGUUGCAGGAGAAGUUGAAGACGGUUGCUGCGGCAUGA